CUCUGACUUCAGACGGAGGUGGAGGGAGUUCCUGCGUUCAACGACUGUUUAACUCUCAGUUUAACACUUAGAAAACAUGUUUUUCCUCCGCAUCCUUUUGGGUAUCUGCAUUUUAUACCAUUUCCAUGACCUCCAUGUGUCCAGCUGUGUCAACCCGGAGGACAUCUGUGAAGAUCCUCCUGUGUUCAGUCCAUCCCACCUGGUGGUCAGGCACGGUGACCCGACCUCUGCCACAUGCACUGUGUGUAAAGAACAGUGUCAUAAUAAGCUAAUUGGUCUGGAAAAAUCUCUGGGAAGUGAAUCAACAAAGGGAACCACAAUAACAUGGAAGGUUGAAAAGCUGACUGAAUGGGACACAUCGGCUCUGUGCUUCUAUAAUUAUAAUAAUAGUAAACAGUGUUGUACAGAGCUGCCUGUAACUGUAUACCAUCCUCCAGUGCGGGUGUCUCUCAGAUUUAUGAAUGGCUCUGGACCACUGAUUGUGAAUCAUACGUACACUCUUCAGUGUACAGUUGAAGAUGUUGCUCCUGUGAACAGCCUUAUUGUGUCCUUCUACAAAGGAGACACACAACUGGCACAAUCAAAGUUUCACAGCGAAGACAAGAAACCGAUGACAAAGGCUGCUACCCAUGACAUCAACCCCAGCAGAGAAGAUAAUGGAGCCCAAUACUGGUGUGAAGCCAGACUGGAACUGGGACCUGAAGGACCAGAGCAUCCUCCAGUGGUGGAGUCAGAAAACAUCACUUCUACUGUGCACUAUAUGCCUUAUCAAGACAGGUCGUCACAUUCAGAUCCAGUCAUCGUCACCAAUGGAUACCCUUUCCAUCUGAACUGCUCAGCUAAGGGGAACCCCAGCCCCACAUAUGACUGGACAUUCCCAUCAUCAGUCUCUCAUGUCUCCAACAGCAGCAAUUUUACCGUCAACUCUGCUACUUUUGCGCAUGGAGGCCAAUACAUCUGCACCGUCUUUAAUGACUUAGGAGUUCUCCAUGUGGAGUUCAACGUGCAGGUUCAAGUUGACUACAUACCCAUUAUUAUUGGUGUGGUGGUAGCAGUCAUCGUUCUCAUAGCCUUAAUCUUCAUCAUUUGGUUCAUCCAGUACUACAAACACAACAAGACAGGGCACUACAAGGUGAUGGGUGUCAUCCCUUUUCGCUCACGACAUUGUGAAGUGCCUUUAAAGGCGUAGGCUGGAUAAUCACAACAAGGACAUGGAUCAGUUGAUGAGCUGCAGCGAUUCACAGGAGCUGCAGUUUCUGUAAAGCACGGACUGAUUUAGCCAACCCCCAGAUGACAGAGACAUCACCCAAAGUCACUCAGGCUGAAGCUCUGAGCCGAACACUUUCAUGCUGUACAUACAUUCAGGCUGGAGCUGGAAGAAGGACAUGGUAUCUCAGGAACGCUUUGAUGGAAUUUCUUUACCUGGACUUUAUUUGGAUGAACUGAAUAGAUUUUGUUGGUCAAAGGUCAAGGUUACUGUAACAUAUGAAUAAUUCAGACAACGUUUCACAUAAAUGUGCAACAGGAUAGUAUGAGGAAGUCACACAGUAUAAGCAAAGACAGGAAACUUCUGUGUUUUUUUUUUUGAUAACAGCUCCCAGACAAACAUGGGGGAGGUGUAGCUUCAAUGACAGCAUGGAACAAAUGGUUAGGUUUGACUUUCAUCAGUAAAGGUUGUGUGAAAAGGAUACAUUUAUGUCAAAAAGAAAGAAAAUGUUUUGUAUAAAAAUUUUGC